AUGGACAGCAGGAUAAAAAAGUUUGAGGAAGAGAUUAAGAAGAUUGAUGAUAUGGUUAGUGCUGGUAAUUAUGAUGGAACAAUGGAGGCUAGAAGGAAGGCACUAGUGACUUGCUGUGCGAAGUGGUAUGUCAGAAAAGAGAUCCAUUGGAAGCAGAUGUCCCGAUCCCAACAUGCUCGAGAAAUGGACAAGAACACUAGGUACUUCCACAACAUAGCAUCGGCAAGAAGGAGGAACAACAUAAUCGAUUCUUUAGUGAUUAAUGGAAGACUGAUACGAAAUCAGGCCAGAAUAAAGACUACGAUUACAGGCUUUUAUAAAGAACUGUAUAGGCAGGAGCAUGCUCCUUUGGUUGGGAUCCGUGAGGGACUGGUCAAGAAGAUUGAUGAAGACGAUGCAGCAGUGUUAGAGGAAAUGCCAUCAGUCGAGGAAGUACGAGAGGCAGUUUGGGAUUGUGAGUCCAGUAAAGCACCGGGUGGUGAUGGCUAUAAUAUGAACUUCAUAAAGAAGUGUUGGGGGGAGAUUGGUCAGGAGUUUAUUGGAGCUGUGUUGGGCUUUUUUUAG